UCUCGCUGGAGCGUGCGUGCUCAACUGGGGCGCCGACGUCAUAUAUACACUCCCUGCGACACUAUCCGUCCCGCUACGCGACCAUCUAAGACUCUCAGAGGCUCAGUUUGAGUUCUUGAUCUCAGCCGUAUACACAGCCUUCGCCAUUCCGAACAUCUUCUUGCCGUUCUGUACCGGCCCGCUUGUCACUCGCUUUGGUCAGCGAAAUGUUUUGAUCGGCACGUCAGCCUGUAUGGUGCUUGGUCAGGUGAUCUUCUCGUGGGCCGUCGCUCAACGACAGAUCUGGAUUAUCGCGUUGGGAAGAGUGAUAUAUGGGCUAGGAGGCGAGAUCACGGGUGUUAUAACUAACGAUCUCGUUACAAGAUGGUUUGAGUACGUUUCAUCUAUUUGCUAUGGCAGAUUUGGGUUUCCAUUGAUGAGCCAUGGCUGACGAUUGCAGACACUCAAAUCUCGCUCUCGCCCUCGCCAUGCUCCACGAUGCAUCCCGCCUCGGCGGCGCAACAACGUCCCUUGCAACCCCUCGUCUCCUCGUCCACUCCGUGCCCUUUGCGACAAAUAUCCUCACCCUGGUGUCAACUAUUCCCCUGAUCCUCAGCUGUGCUUCACUAUCGAUUGUCAUCUCCCCAUCGUCUAGGUCCCCGUCAAACCUCGUCACACCACUCACAAACUCCCUUCGAACACCUAACCUCAUCCAAACCGGCAUAAUCACUAGCAUCCUUUCCCUACCUACGCGCUUUUGGGCCUUCGCCCACGUCUCCGUCACACUUUACGCCGCCAUCGCCGGCUUCCAUGUCGUUGCCCAGCGACACGUUGCAGCCACCUUCUACGAUGGCUCCGACGUCGCCGCCGGCACUGCCCUGUCCGUCAUGCCCCUGCUCUCUGUCCUCUUUGUCCCGUUUUUCGGCCACCUCCUUAGUAAGCCUUGGGCCUCCGUGCCUCGCGCUGCCAUGCUGUCUUGCGCCUGUCUGCUGCUCGGACACACGCUUAUGAUCGUGCGCGCGCUGGGUGCCGUCGUCCCGUUAGUCAUGCUCGGCUUCGGUGGUGCUGGCUUCGGCGCCGUUUUCGGGCUGGGCAUCGCGCAGAGCGUGGGCAGAGGAAGCAAGAAGGUUGUGGACAUGAACGGCGGGGCAUAUAGCAGAGUGCUCGACCACGACGAUGAUGUAGGGGCUGCCGAGUAUGUCGACGUCAGCGCAGACGCAAAUCUACACGCAGACGACGACCUUCGAGAUUCUGUCUCAUCGUCCAUGCUAAUGAGCACACUCUCCACAAGCACGGCCACACACGAACCAGAAGAUCGCAUCUCCUCCUCCGACGCCAAUAACAUCGUCACCGUAGCAUUCGGCGCUGGCGUCGGGCUUCUCAACGCCAGUGGUGCCCUCGUGCCUCUCUUAGUCGCGCCGCUCGAGGCGAGCACCGACCAUACGGCCGUCGGCUCGUUCGCAGCGGUGCAAAUCUUCCUUGCGGGCAUUGCAGGCAUGGCGUGUGUGUUGUGUGUGCGGUUGGAGAGGGUUUGGGGAAGGGCGUGACAUGGUAUUGUGUUUGAUAAUAUUAUGGAGCCUAUGUUUGGUCGUAUAGAUAGUG